CCCACCCGGGUGCUUGUGUUCUUGGGACUGGAAGAAAAGUUGCUGGACUGGAGGAGGGGACAAUGUUGCAAGGAGACCUCCGGCCAGCAGGUUGGACUCUCCCAGAGCAAGUGUCAGGUGCUCCAGCCAACCUUUGUUCUGCCCAGACGUUCAGGAUGCUGUCUCCGGCCUUGGUGCUCAAGGAGAAGCCCUCCGAUGAGAACAUCCCGGAAUCUUUAGACAGUUUUUCAGCCUCGGAAGAGAAGAAAGAGACAAAUGUGGGAAAAAGGAAAGGGGUUAAGUUCGUUGCUGAUCGUUCCUCUAAUCCUUUCUACCUUUCUGAGACCAUGGAUGUCUUCUCAUAUAGAGAACAGGAAUGGAAGAGGAUUCGCGCAGAGCGGAUUCAGAAGCGGAGCCAGUCGGUGCAGGAGAAGAAGACGCUGUCGUCCAAGACGCUCCCCAAGCACUCGGACCUAAAACGCGAGCUGCAGCAGCAGGACCGGCAGGACCACGAGGAGAUGCGCGCCGAGGCCGAGAGGCAGCGAACCUUCCAGCAGAACACGCUCUGGAAGCUCCUCAUGACCAAAGAAAAGAAAACUGAAUCGGAGGACAUCAACAAGUACAUUGAGCGCAAGCGGCAGAUGUUCCUCCUCCAGUAUGCCCUGGAUAUGAAGCGGAAUGAGAUCCAGCGGAUGGAGAUGCUGAUGAGCAAGGAGGAGGAGGAGCUGGUGAGGGCCGAGAAGUCCCUGGAGAAGGACGCGUCCCUGUUUGAUGAAUUCCUGCGGGACAAUGACUGCAGCUCCGUGCAGGCGCUGAAAGUGGCUGAGAAGGAGACCAAAGCCAAGAUGGAGAAGAUCAUUGAGAUCCGGGAUCUGACAGUGCAGAUGUUGAAUAUCAAAAGUGAAAUGUCCAAAUUUGAGGAUACACUCCAGCAGUACAAAGUCUACAAGGAAUUCCUAUACAAGCUGUCACCCCGGGAAUGGCUGGAAGAGCGGAAGAAGAAGCACCCGCUGGUCAAGUUGUCCCGAGAGAAGAUCCCAUCAGAUGCCAAGGCCAAAGUGGAGUCGAAGAGCGGGUCGCUCUUGCAGCUGGAUCCUGCCCCGCUUCUGCUGUCAGCAGACAGGAAGAGCUCCAAGAGGCUCCUGAAGCGCUCACAGCAGCCCCACAGCAGCCUGGGCAAGUUCACCCUGCAGAGCAACCUGUCCUCGCCCAGUUCCAAGUCCAGCCAGUUGGACAUGAAGUUGUCUGGCUCCUCCACCCUCCAUUUGCCAGAAGAAAGGGAGAGCGAUGAAGAGGAGCUGGAUCUGUAUUUCACCGAGCCCAAGCAGCUCCUGGAUAUCUUCGUGGUCCUGGAGGAGCAGAACCUCUCUCUGAUCCAGAACACUCAGGAGAUGCAGGAGACCCUGGACGACCUAGGAUUCACCAUGAGAAACACCAGAAUUCGCAUGGACAAGGAGAUCAAGCAGCUGAAGGAGUGGAUGAAGACGCUGAUGGAGUCCAUCAACAAGGAGGAGGAAAUGGCGGCUAACCUCCAGCUCAAGGCCCGAGUCUUCUACUAUGGUGAAUACAAAGGCGGCCAGGAGGACAGGCUGCUGGAGAGCCUGAACCGCAAGGUGUUGUCCGUGUACAAGCACUGCAUCGGCAGCAGUCAGGAGACCAACCUGGGCACCCUGCAGAUGCUCACUGUCAUCGAGCACCAGCUCCACGAGCUGCUCGAGAACCUGGAGCGCAUGCCCCCCUCCAAGGUGGAGCAGGCUGAGAUGGCCAAGGAGAAGGAGCGGCGUCAGAGGGCCCGAGAGGAGAAGAUCCGGCAGCAGAAGCUGCAGCAGGAGGAGCGGCUGGCGCGGUUCCAGGCACGGUCCCAGGCGGAGAUCAAGAAGAAGGAAGGCAGGCGGCUGGUGUACCGUUCUAAGCCCCUGGAGGUGAAAGCCAAGGAGGUGGCCCCGCAGGAAUGGGUUGACAAGGAAAAGGAGGAGCUGCUGUUCUUCUUCACGUAGCAGGACGG